UUAAGAUUGUGCACCCUAAAAUCCGAACCGAAAAGCCAAAAAAAAAUCCAGGUCGAGUGUUGGUUGAAGAUUGAGUGAGAGAGAGAAGGAUCGAAGUAGAAGAAGGAAGCAUUGAGUGAAAAGAAUGGGGGUCGAUUACUUUAAAGUUCUUCAGGUAGAUCGGAGUGCGAAUGAUGACGAGCUCAAGAAAGCUUAUCGCAAACUCGCUAUGAAGUGGCAUCCUGAUAAGAACCCUAACAACAAGAAAGACGCGGAGGCAAAAUUCAAGCAGAUCUCUGAAGCUUACGAUGUUUUGAGCGAUCCUCAAAAACGAGCAGUUUACGAGCAGUACGGAGAAGAAGGGUUGAAGAACCAGGCCCCACCUCCCGGCGGCGGCGGAUAUGCUGGAGGAUCAGACGGCGGAGCAGCUUUCCACUUCAACCCCAGAAGCGCUGAUGAUAUCUUCUCCGAGUUAUUCGGUUCCGCAAGGCCUUUUGGAAUGGGGAGUGACCCGCGCGCUGGACCGUCUUCUGGGUUUAGGUAUGGCGAUGACAUCUUCGCUUCCUUGAGGGCGGCGGCUGCUGGAGGAGGAGGCGAAACCUCGAUUCCUGCGAAGAAAGAUGCUCCAAUCGAGAGACAGUUCCCUUGUAGUUUGGAGGAUAUCUAUAAAGGAAACACCACCAAGAAGAUGAAGAUCUCUCGUGAGGUUCUCGACUCGAGCGGGAGGCCAAGAGCGGUUGAGGAGAUACUGACGAUUGACAUCAAACCCGGUUGGAAAAAGGGAACCAAGAUAACCUUCCGGGAGAAAGGUAACGAGCAGCGCGGGAUCAUCCCCUCCGACCUCUCUUUCAUCGUCGACGAGAAACCGCACCCCGUUUUCAAACGCGACGGGAAUGAUCUUGUCGUAGUGCACAAGAUCUCUCUCGUCGAAGCCCUCACCGGCUACACGGCACACGUCACCACUCUUGACGGCAGAACCCUCUCUGUUCCGGUCAACUGUGUGAUCAGUCCCACCUACGAAGAGGUCGUCAAAGGCGAAGGCAUGCCGAUACCUAAGGACCCCUCGAGAAAAGGGAACCUGAGAAUCAAAUUCACCAUCAAGUUCCCUUCCAAGCUAACUUCUGAGCAGAAGUUGGGGAUCAAGCGCGUCUUGUAGUUGUAGGCUUCUUUUUUGGAAUCGUUUAGAAGAUAUAUACAGUAGUAUGCUUCUUUAUGGGUUUCUCUAUUCUUUUGUUGCAUUCUUUUUGCGAACUGUGAUAUAAAACGAUGCCGUUUUUGAUCUGAGUUUGCUUAAACACCGCCUUCUCUGUCAAAGUGUCA